UUCCUAAUUAUUUAGUUAGUUGGUCGCAUGUGUUUUGUUCAGAUUUUAUUUAGGCGCGCGGUUGUUUUGAACAGUUUUCAUUUUCGGGGGUUUUCUUUUCGUUGGUGAAGCUGAAGAGAGAUCUUUCGCGUCAGUGAUUUUUCGACGGCUGGAUUUGUUGUGAUUGUUGUUGGGGGAUUUUGGUUGAGUUUUCCCUCUGUUAGGCGUCUCACGUGUUUCGGGCGAUCGAUUUAUCCGUUGCCUAGGCCUUUGCUGCAUUCGAUUGGCCGAAUUUCGACAGUCGUCGGGGGUUCUCAUAAAUGUUUAAUGGUGUUUAACGAGCAGUUCAUGUGCUUGGGGUGCUUACUACAACUUUGUACUGUACUGUUUGUGAGGAGCCGAGCUAAUCCGUGUCCUUAUCAUCGGUGUGCGCCCGUGAAUUUUUUUUGGGGCGAUCUUUGACGACAAGAAGUGAGGGUGGGAGUUUGAAGCGAAGAGAAACAGAGAGCGAGCCCAAGAUUUGUGAAAUGAUUAACCAAGUGUGUGAAAUCUGACGGUGUCUGAACCUCGAUCAAUUAGGCGAUCUUACAGCGAUUAUCUCUUGGGGACAAAACGCGCGGGCGCUCGAAUUUCAGCAUUUGGUGGUGACAUUGAAGUUUCCAACCGAGGGGUGUUGACAAAAUAACAAAAUUUGGAUUGGUACACAUUUGUGUUUCGAAGGAUCUUCGAUCACUGCUGGAAACUGGGGGUGGUACCUAAUCAAGUUGGUGCGCAUUCUCGUAUAGUUCCACCCAGAUAGUCUUUUGCUUCCGAACCUGGGGACAACACCUCUAGCGGCAACCCACAUGUGCAAUAAUACCAAGUGUGCAGCUAAUGCUCAUUCACCGCACGAGCCAGUUCAAUGUGGCAAACAAUCGAUCCUCAGCCAGAGGCUGGACGAUCGUAGUAGCUCGGUGAACCUGGGCAUCGGCAACAAUCGACGCCGAUCCUCAUCAACCCACGCUCCUUCCGGGGGCGGAGGCCUUGCCCCCUCAAUCUCGAAACCGCUCCAAAUCAACGAAAUAGACAUGCGAAGUGGAAGUAGCGUUAGUGGGACCAGCGGCGGCGGCCAAACGGCUAGCACCCCAAAUGGCGGUGGUCCCACUGCUCGCAACGGUAGGGAUAAUCCGGUUCAGGCGCAGAUCGAGCGGAUGUUCAAUGAUGUUGCGAAGGAGCAUAGCGGAGGUGAGGGACCUGCUCCAGGUGGACCAGCAGGAUCUGCGGCAGCGGGUGCAACAGUGGCAGCUUCCGGCCAGUCGUUUCCGGUGCGAUGUCUUGGGUCGCUCCCUUUGAAAGAUAAGGUGACCAGUCUGGUUGGACUGCAGGAACCGUUGUGGCAGCUGUAUCUGAGUGGUGCUGGACAUGGGAACCAGAACGCCGGCACGCUAGACAUCAGCGCCAUCGGUUUGCGGGUGCGGACGGCUAACGGGCGGGAACCGUUGGUCACUCCCUUCCAGAACAUUGCCGUCUGGUCCGCCGUCAAGUUUGUGGUAUCUUCGUCAGAGGGUGGCGCCGCCUUUUUGCCGCUAAUCACCGACCCCGAAAACAUCGACAAACAAGCGCUUUUCCGACCAUUGAGUGCCGCGGAUAAGCGUAGACUGUCGUCGGGUUUGCAUUCACCUCUGUUUGCCAUUGUAAUGCGUUCGAGUGCGAUGCCUCGACAGCUCGACUGUCACGGGUUCGUGUGUCAAACACCGGAGGAUGCGAUCGUGAUCGCAGCCACCCUGUAUCAGAGCCUGAUGGCUCACAUGAGCGGUGGCGAGAAUCAACGAACACGAAGGCCCAAGAAUCGGAACGGCGUCAGUUGUAUAAGUUUAGCGAGCAGUACGACCACUACAAACAUUCACAUACAACCGGGAUCUACAAAGAUGUCCUCACGAAGGUCCAGUGCCAGUCAACGAAGUUUACUGCCACCACCACCGAGACCGCCGAGGAAGACGAAACGAACGGCCACCAGCUCGCUGAGUGGCGAAAGUGACACCAUGAUGGGUGCCAACGAAGCCGACACUUCGACCGACGAUCGAAAGAAACGAUCGCCCAAGGGCAAACGACCUCCUCCGUUGCCUGCGAAUCCUCCAAGAGCAAUAUCGAAUCGCCCCUCGCUGGACGAGAUCUACACCGAUCGGAGCCACUCGAACGACGACAACCCGAUGAUGUCGAAAGGCAAGGUGGAAGGAAACUACCCGGCUCUGUCGGAGAACUCCGGAGGAGAUAUCCUUACGCGAGUAGCAAUCCCUCGGUCGGGUAGCUUCCUGAACACGGCCGGUCUAACGCGGUACAAAUCGCGAGCCACUAGACGUCACACCGGAAAACCCGGAGGUGGAGGUGGUUCGCCGCUAGGGUUCAGCGAACUCUUCAACGAAUUCCGACUCCAGGAGAAUCUACACUCGCUCGAUGACAUCCUCAAUGCCAUAAUCAACUCGGACGGUAUGUCGUUCAAUGACCUGAAGCCGAUCUACAAGGAGUUCUUGUUGAAGCUUGCCGUUACGCUGACCAAGGACGAACUGUACCAACGAUCGAAGAGCAUCAUGCGACGGCAGAAGAAGAAAAAGUUGAAGCGGAAGAAUAGCAAUGCGCAGAACCAUCGGCGUAAACUAUUAAUCGGGAAGAGCCUGAAGAAGGUUUUUCGUUUUGGUAAGUUUCGCUCCAAAAAGCAGCACCCGCGAAAUGAAGACGGAUCAGGCGGAAAUGUACAGGGAGGAGAGAACAAUUCCAGCUUCAUCGGCGAUGAAGGGGAGGGACGAACGAUUGGUAUGGAUGGGAAAUCGUCGACCAAGCACGCCUCCAACGAUCAGCUGUCCUUGGAUUUCAACAAAACGGCCGAUAAGAAGGAUCGGUCACGCAUUGGGACGAGUGGUUCGGAGGUUUCGGACGCCCGACACGAACACACACUGACAGCACAUCACAAUAGGAACAGCUCGAGCGGAUACGUUUCCUGCUCGGAGUGCAGCUACGACUCGGAUGCUUGCACGUGUACUUCGGCUGAUCGCUGCUACUGUAGUCUUGGUGGUGACGACAUCAAUGCCAAGCUGAAUGAAGCCAACCACAGGAAUUCGUUGCCAAGCUGCAAAAGUGACGACAAGUGCUACUGUUCGAUGGGCGAGACUCAAGGUGAAGAAGAAGGAUCAACCACCUGGUGCGAUACAGACAGCUGUUUAAGCCAGGAGAAGUGCUACUGCAACCCACGACCUGGACCUAUGGCAGUCUGUUCUGGAAAGCCGGCACAGGGUGGCAAGAAAAAGGUUGACAAACUGGCCUUGGAUUACGAACUCUUCACCGUAGGUGGAGGUGGAAUGCCUGUAAACCCCUCGGAGGCUCUGAGCGUUAAAAAGACCGUAGAAGUUGCUGCAGAAUUCGCCGAUGUGAAACUCAGUCAAACGACGGAUAUCAAAAACCUUAAAAACGAACAGCAGGAGUAUCUAAAAGGCAAAGGUGAUCACCAUGGACACAAUCAUCAUCACACCCACAAUAAUAACAGCAACAGCCACAAAAAACGUAGCGAUGGCAAGCACGGAGGUAAAUCUUCACACAAGCUUCUCAACAAGAAGGCAAUCGUUGAACAACCCACUGCCAUCAACGAGUACCACUACAUUCAAUCAUCACAAUCAGAUGUCGCCACCCGGAAGCAACUCGCCGAAGGCAAGAAACCAACCAAGCGAUCCUCCUCAAAAUCCUCCGAUCACUCGUCUCGCACUGCCGUCGGCUCUUCCCUGGGACUCGAAGACUCCCUCGGUUAUCUACCGUAGUAGUAAUAGCCCAACAACCCAUUUUAAACACUAAGACACGCUUGUAUUCGCGCUAAAGCAGUUAGCAAAUUUAAAGCUUUCCCCCUUUUUUCCUGAAAGUAAACGCAUUGCUGGCAACACUGGCUCCACUCAUGGAGCAUCAGUAGUUUUGUCAGUUCCAAGUUUACUCUCAGUGAAGAACUCGCUUGCAGCUCUAGGUUAGGAACACGUACACUGAAAAUAUAAAGCAAUCAACACUGACAGUGACUCAUUCUUGAAACUUUAACGCUCACACACACAAAAUGAAAGCAUUUAUAUUGAUUUUCUACUUUAAAAUGAGGAUUUAGAAGAAGGAGAAUCCUGCUAUCGGUAAUGGAAAACUCUGUAAAUUUUAGAUGUAAGAUAACUUUCCCACACAAAAAUUUCGAUUAAAAAGCUAGAAUGUAAACAUGCGGAAACUAUUCGUGGGAAAAGUGUUGUUUAGUAACACAGACAUUGAAAUCAAUAAACUUGAAAACGAAAAUUAGAUUUUAAAUUCAAAAUUAAAUUCAGAAUUCAUUUCAAAAUUCAAAUUUAGUUUCAAAAAUUCAAAUUCUGAAUUCGAAAUUCAAAUUUAGAUGCAAAACAAAAUGUUACUAAGCGCUCUUUCCCGCCCGAAACUCACAAAACUACGGCAAUGUUUUUAGUUACUAUAGAUAACAAGUGCAAUAUAACCCAAUGACAAGUUUUUAAUGACAUAAGCAUAAGCUCGAAGAGUUCAUAAGUCGAUUCAAGGCGCCAGAAAAAAAAUCAUCGCAAAGCAAUAUUUACCCAACCUCGUGCAAUAGGAAGCUCUUGAGUACGAAAAAUUAUUCGCAAUAAACGUUAAAUAAAGAAAGUUAACAACUGCCAUUGUUUUUCUACGCAAUAAAGCAAUAACCUCGAAGCAAAAUACAUAACUUUACAUAAUUAAAGUUAACUUUUUAUAAGGAAAACAAGAAUUUCACAUGACUAACAUCAAAUUUGCAUUAAAAGAAACAUUGAAAUUUAGCCCAAAAACUUGACCGUGCAAUACAAUUACAUCGAGACUCUGCAAUGUGCAAUUCAUGGUAAACAAAACGAAACAAAAACGAAUCUUAUUUCUAUUUCGUUCAACGAACUCUAGCGUAGGCUUAAGAUGGAUGCAAUAAA